AUGUCUGGGGACUCGGGGGUCACGGAUGCUGGACUGAAGUCUAAGCUAAUUGAAAAAUUACAAGCUGUGCAUGUCGAGAUUGAGGAUAUGUCAGGCGGCUGUGGACAAGCUUUUUCUGCUGUUAUCGUUUCCCCAUUAUUCGAGAAGAAGACGACGUUGGCAAGACAUAGAUUGGUUAAUACCGAAUUGAAGAGCGAGAUCGCUGCUAUACAUGCUUGGACGCCAAAAUGUUAUACACCGGAACAGUGGGAGAAGCAGAAGGCUGAAGGGAACCAAGCUGUUGCGCCGGGAAAGGAUACGACUGGAGAAGUAGUCAAUGGGACAACUGCUUGA